AUGCUAUUGAUCCAAGCAAGAAAUGUUGGUCGCGUAUGGCCCACCCGAGCCAUUGCAACUUUUGCAAAAACUGCACGAGCUUCGCCCUUGCUAGCUUCACGACAACCUCAAUCCUUCGCGAGUCCACAUCUGGUCCAGGCCACCCAGAGACGAAGCUAUGCAGAUAUCAAGCUCGAUCUACCCGCCCUAGACAAGAAGUGGCGUCAGCAAUGGGAAGCCUCGAAAGCUACUGCCGCCGAAACGGACUCUAGCAAACCAAGCAAAUAUGUCCUCCCCAUGUUUCCCUAUCCGUCAGGCACCCUGCAUCUGGGCCAUUUCCGAGUUUAUACCAUCGCCGAUGUUCUCUCUCGAUACCACACAUUGCAAGGAUCUCGGGUGAUGCUACCCAUGGGUUGGGAUGGAUUCGGACUGCCGGCUGAGAAUGCUGCCAUUGAGCGUGGGAUUGCUCCCGCAACAUGGACCAAGACCAAUAUUACGAAAAUGAAGGAGCAGCUGGAGGUUAUGAACGGCAACUGGGAUUGGGAAAGGGAGCUCGCUACCUGCGACCCAGAGUUCUACAAGCACACGCAGAAGCUCUUCUUGAUGAUGCUCAACCGAGGUCUUGCCUACCAAGACGAAGCCGAGGUUAACUAUGACCCAGUCGAUAUGACCGUUCUUGCCAAUGAACAAGUUGACGCCAACGGUUGCUCUUGGAGGUCUGGUGCCAAGGUUGAGAAGCGCAAGUUGAAGCAAUGGUUCUUCCGUAUUUCGGAGUUUAGAGACUCCUUGUUGAAUGAUUUGGAGACGCUCGCAAAGGAUGAGGCGUGGCCUGAGAGAGUUCUUGCCCAACAGAAGAACUGGCUAGGCAAGUCAACUGGAGCGGUCAUCAAGUUCCCGGUCUUGGCCAUGGGUCACGACAUCCACGCCGGCAUCGAGAUAUUUACCACAAGGCCAGACACCCUUUUUGGCGUCCAGUACGUUGCAUUGGCUUCUACCCACCCCAUAGUGGUCUCGUUGGCCAAGAGCGAUCCUGAGCUGCAGGCUUUUCUGGACACCCUACCGGGACUGCCUCGCGACUCCAAGGUUGGCUACUUGCUUCCACAUGUGAGAGCCAUCAACCCCCUGGCUUACCACGAGGACACGCCCGAUGCUACCAAAGCAUCCAUCCCCGUAUAUGUCGCGCCGUACGUUCUUGGCGAUUACGGCGAGGGUGCUGUAAUGGGCGUGCCUGGCCAUGACCUCCGUGACAAUGCUUUUUGGAAGGAGCACCACUACGAUGAGCCUGUGAGGUUCGUUUUGGCAGCCUCUGAAGACGAGUCAACAUCCGCGAUGGCAAACGAUCCUUUUGUCGAGCACGGUGUCAUGACAACGAACAGUGGCCCCUUCAAGGGCAAGUCUUCUAAGGAGGCAGGUGAAAUGCUAAUAUCCAUGUUAGAGGCAGCAGAGUUGGCGAAGCCUGUUGAGAAGUGGAGGCUGAGAGACUGGCUCAUUAGCCGUCAGAGGUACUGGGGUACCCCGAUUCCCGUCAUCCACUGUGGCUCCUGUGGCCCGGUGCCUGUUCCGGACGACCAGCUUCCCGUUAAGCUGCCUGACGUUGGAGACCACUGGACUAACGGAAAACCUGGAAAUCCUUUGGAAAGGGCUGAAGAGUGGGUUAACACCAGCUGUCCCAAGUGCGGUGGCCAUGCAAAGCGAGACACCGAUACCAUGGACACAUUUGUGGAUUCAAGUUGGUACUAUGCACGUUUUGCGGAUCCUCACAAUGAGAAAGAACCUUUCUCGGCUGAGGCUGCAAAAAAGUUGCCUGUAGAUCUCUACAUUGGUGGCAUUGAGCACGCUAUCCUGCAUCUACUCUACGCCAGAUUUUUCUACAAGUUCUUGGCUACAACACCGUUGUUUCCAAGUUCGGAAGAGGGUGCGGUUCAUGAGCCUUUCACGCGACUGAUUACGCAGGGUAUGGUGCACGGCAAGACGUUCACCGACCCAAAGACAGGAAGAUUCCUGAAGCCGGACGAGGUUGAUUUGGAAGACCCCUCAAACCCCAAGGUCGUAGCUACUGGGGCCACUGCAAAUGUGUCCUUCGAGAAGAUGUCCAAGUCCAAGUACAACGGAGUCGACCCGACGGAGUUCGUCGCUAAACACGGCGCCGAUUCUGCAAGAGCCCACAUGCUCUUCCAAGCGCCGGUCAGUGACGUGCUCAACUGGGAUGACGACAAGAUCACCGGCGUUACAAGGUGGCUCCACAGAUUGCAUGACCAUGCGGUAAAAAUCCAGAAGUUGCCGACUGACGGAACGCCUGUCAAGACGUACCUGGAGGGUCGCUCAAAGAAUUUGGCGUCGCUGGGUGCCGAGGAGCUGGCUGUUUGGGAUGCCGACACUGCCAUUUGGCGAGCUGUUCAAGGAGCUAUUGAUUCCAUCACCCAGUCAUAUGAGACGGUUUAUUCUCUGAACACUGUCGUGUCAGAUCUCAUGAGCCUGACAAACACUUUGUUGGAGAACACAGGCGCAAGCGCACUUGUUCAGAGAGAGGCCAUGUCCGCACUUCUGCGCAUGAUGGCCCCUAUUACUCCCGCUUUUGCCGAAGAAGGCUGGAGUAUCCUUUACCCCGGCUCUGCAUCCAUCUUCAAAGCUGCCUCAUUUCCUGUAAGGGACAAUACUGAAUCGCUUUUAACGCCUCGAAAACAGCCUGUGGCAAUCCAGAUUAACGGCAAACUACGCGGCGUUGCUGAGGUUCCCACUCCUCCGUCGGACUUACAGGGCGACGCGUUGCGAGACUGGAUGGUAGCGGAAGUCCUCAAGUCGGAAGUAGGAAAGACUAAGUUUUCGGGAGGCGAGUACGAUAUUAGAACCCCUAAAAGAGUCAUUGUUGCUCGUGGUGGCAAGACGAUGAAUGUUUUAGUCUAG